GUUUCAGCUUCUAAACAAUUUUCAGAUGAAGUUUUGAAGGCCCACAAUGACUACAGGAAGAAGCAUGGCGUUCCUUCUUUAAAACUCUGCAAAAAGUUAAGCAGGGAAGCACAGCAGUGAGUACAUCUAUUUCUUUAGUUCUUAU